GGGGAGCACACAUAGGAAGGGUGGAGGGGCCGUCCAAGGCCACGGGAGCAGACAGGAGAGAGGCAACGCUGUUGCUGGGGCACAAACCAGCCUGGGGGAUUGACCCUUGGAUCCAGCAAGAGCCUGGCAGAGGCAGAGGAGGUUGAAGUAAGAGCCAAAACUGUGAACUCGCUCUCUCCUUCCUGUUGCCACUUUCCCCUCCAAAAGACGGAUCAUCCUGCCAGCCACGCCAUGUCGUCAGACCCAACCACCCCUCCGACAGUCCCAACCCUCCACUCCCCGAAGUCGCCUGUCUGGCCCACCUUCCCCUUUCACCGGGAGGGAAGUCGGAUCUGGGAGCGGGGCAAUCUUCUCCUCCGGGACCUGCCCAGCCCCCUCCCCACCAAAAGAACCAGAACAUACUCUGCGACGGCUCGUGCCUCUGCUGGCCCUGUCUUCAAGGGUGUCUGUAAGCAGUUCUCACGCUCCCAGGGCCACGGCUUCAUCACUCCAGAGAACGGCACAGAGGACAUAUUUGUACACGUGUCUGACAUCGAGGGGGAGUAUGUCCCCAUGGAAGGAGACGAGGUCACAUACAAAAUUUGCCCCAUUCCACCCAAGAACCAGAAGUUCCAGGCUGUGGAGGUGGUGCUCACCAACCUGGCCCCGCACACAAAGCACGAGACGUGGUCUGGCCAAAUAAUCGGCUCCUAGGCUUUGGGUGGAGUCUACAUGGGUCGGCUCAGUCUGGAGGCAGGGUGGGGGGUGGUGACUAAGUCUGAGACAGAUGGCUUGGGGGGGAGAGGGGCGGGAUCACAUUUAUUGUUUGCAAAGUGACAUAUAGCCGUAUCCAUUCUGUGUCUUUUAUAAGAUUACAUUCUUGUUUGUAACCGUGUCUUCUUGGGGGCGGAGGGAGAGGCAGAGCUGCUUUGGGGCGGAUUCCCACUUUCCUACAUGUCAUGAGCUCGUGUAGUCUCUCCUCAGGGACAUGUGCAGAAACCCCUGCUUUGUGUUGGGAGAGGAGAGGUGUGAACCCAGCAGGAGUUGAUGUCAAGUUUAUCCCGCUGCCUAUGCGAUCCAAACUCACCACUCUUCCCUGAUCCCAACUCCUUCAGGAAGCUCCAGAUCGCCCAUGCAGGGGGCCAGGACAGCCAGUGUUCCAGCCCCCUAACUCCCCCAAAGCAGGCGCUAAGGAGAGCCAGGGGGAAUGAGGGGUGGGCAGCAAUAUCCCCGGAGAGAGUGGGCAAGGAGGCACUCAUCAUUUGAGGGGUAGGGCAGCCCCACAGAGUCUUAAAGAAGCAUGUAGAUUGAAAGCUCCAGUUAGGUGAUCUAGAGUCUUUCCUGGGACUCUCUCACCUGGCAAGAGAUGGAAUUUAUUCCCCCUCCCGUCCAGCCAGUGAGGGGAGAAAAGAGGCAAAAUGGCAUGUACCUCCCCCAGGUCAUUUCAUACACCUGCCUCUUGGCUCUGAGCAGCUGUGCUCCAUGGGCUCUGGAUCUGGCCACUGCUCUAGUGAGGCUCAUUUGCACCCCCUUUGCCGCCUCUCUCUUUAAUUUCCCCCAAAUACUGGCAUCCUGAGCCUAGGGAGUAAUAAUAUACCAGGGGGCUGUUUUUUUUUUUUUUUUUUUAAGGCAAUGGAAUGUACCACUGUGCAGGGGGACAGGGGAGUCUUUUAAAAUAUGAAUUAAGUCUCUCUCUCCCCCAAACCCUUCCCUCAGAUCCCCACACAUGUGAUUGAGAUUUGCCAAAUCUCACUAGUGUGGAGGAAGAUGUCCUAAAAACAAUGAGGUUAGCUUUGAAAACCUCUUCCUGUCCAGAGCACCAGGAGACUUCGGCUCUAGUCUGUAUAAACUCACGGUGGGGCUUCGGGCAAGUCACUUGGGGAACAGGCUCAGAAGGGAUCUCGGAUUCUUAUUUCUUGGUGCUUCAGAUUUCAGUGGCCCACUUCGAAUCAUCUUGGAUCUGAUGCUCAGAGGUGCUGAGCAUGCACAGUUCCCAAUCACUUCAUCUGGAGUUGUGUGUGCAUGGCACGUCCACAAAUCAGGGCCUUGGUGUCUCAGUAGAUGCUUUUCUGAGCCUUCAUCUCUCAGCCUCCAUUUCCCCAUUGGGAUGAUGAAGUUGGUUCUCCCCCAGUCCUACCCAUUUUGAGGCCUGUGCUUUGUUGGUGUGGUGAUUAUUGUUUUGUGUGUGAGAGAGGAGAGAGAGACCAGGAAAGAGCAUAACGAACCAAGAAGGCAAUGGGAAUAAAUCUAGACUCUAGUUACUGAUGUGCUGUCCAGUCAUGCAGACUCACCAAAUUGUAGGCUAGAUGCUGUCUUUAAUCCUCAAGAGUGGUCCUCACCAGCUACACAGCUGGAUAAAUAGUUUCCUGCUUUAGAUUAAGUUGAUUAACUUAUUUAAGCAAUUUAAUAUAAUAAAUCUUUGCAAAUGCAAAAUGUAAGAUUUUUCUUUUUUAGGAGGCACUCAUCUCACGUUUCCUCAAGCGUGGUACAUUCUGGUUCCUGCUCCCCCAUCUCUCACACACACAAAUGCCCAUGGUUUGCUCCUGUCUUUAAGUGUCCUAGUUGUUUUGGCAACUCUCUCUCUCUGUCUCUCUGUGACCCUGUGGAUUUCCAUGGCAUAAUUGCUGUGGUUGCUAUGGUGUGCUGUAUGUACAGGUCACUCUCCUGGGACAGGAUAGGGAGGAUUGUGCCAGGGGUUGACUUAGGCUUGAUGGUUGAAGAAGGAACUCUUAAUAUCCUGAUCACACAUAGCACCAUAGAUGCUGCAGAUGGAAAAGCCCUGCUAUGUUCAACCCCCACCCAGUGAUUUAUUGCACUGAUAAUAGAUGGAUAGCAGAGCAGAGGUCUGGGCUGGUAGCUACUGCUCUAUGCUGCUGCAUGGCCAGAGACCUGGGGUUGAAGAUCUCUCUGCACUUCUGCUGUGUUUAGAGGUGUUGCAGGUGAAGAAGCACUUUUCUUUGGAUGGAGCUGACAUGAGUUUUGGGCUACAGCUCCCCUCCCCUCUUGCUAAUGUAAAUUCCCUUUAUGUAUGUUUGUGUUGCUGGCUGUGGGGCGGGAAGUGAGGGAGAUGGAGGAAGGGCAUAGGUAGCAGUAUGUUCUCAGGGGUAGCAGUUUAGUUGGCUAUGCAGUUCAUGGUGGGAAUUCAGCUGCCUAGGUGUGCCUCCACAGUUACUGCUUCCUCCAGACUACAUGGGUCUCUCCAGGCACCUCCCCCUGGAGCAUAUAGGGUCACUGCUACAACACAAACUUAAUUUCUGGUCUUCCUAUAAAUAUCCUGAGUAGGCAAAUCUCCCAAUGCAGCUGGUCAGGAGUGGGGAGGGGCUCUGUGUGCAGGGCGUGGCUGGCAUGGGUUUGCAUAUUAUGGGCAGGGCUGCAGCUCCGUGCACACUGAUACUAUCUGCUCCUCGACCUGAAUUAACCCUUUGGAGACUCUGUAACUGAACAUGUCCUCCUGAGGACUUAUUUGGGAUGGUCCUCUGGAAAAUGCCAACAUCCUAAGGGUUAAGCUGCUCGAGCUGAGUGGACAUUGCCCAGGCACAGCAACAAUGGUGGCGUGGGGGGGCAAAGUCAGUUUUGCUGAGUGGUAGGAUGCCCUCGGGUGGAGUGUAUGGGCUGCCUGGUCCAGAGAGCAAAAGCACACAUGCAUGAGCAGCACCCAUGUUAGGAGGCAGUGCUGUCAAGUGGCUUUAUAUGGUGGUUAGAGGGUAGUGUUUGCCCCUCUCUUGCUUCUAUUACCAUGGGAGUGUGAGUUCUGCCGUAACUCAGAGAGGGGACACCAUCCUGCCAGGACUAUGCUGAAGCCUAAAAUGCCUGACCCUGAUAUGCUUUGGAGCCUGGCCCAGUAUCCAUGCAUAGCUGAGGUAACUGGUGAGAUCGGUGGCCCAUCAAGUCUGCUUGGUACACCAGCCCUCCUUUUGCCCCCUAUCCAAAUGGGUUCAGGCUGUGCCACUGCUAUUCUAUGGGUGCAGUGUUACACUACCGGGAGCAAAGUGGGAAGUCCUUGUGAGUCACCAGAGCCUCACUACUCCCCCGCUGAAGCUGAACUGUUCAAAGACUGGGGGUUGUUGGAGCCCCAGCCUUCUGAAGUCAAUGGCAAAACUUGUAUUGGUGCUGUUGGGAGUGGGAUCUGGCCUAUCCUAGAGUGAUUCAUAACAGGGCUUAACACCCUUUGGAACCCACUGGGCUGUGAGGGGGGGGGGGAGGGUGUGUGUGUGUGUGUGUGUGUGUGUGUGUGAGAGAGAGAGAGGUGGAGGAAGGAAUGCUGUAGUCUGCUCAUUUCAUCCAACACUUGCCUCAGCCCUUGAGGACAAACUAAUCAGGGGACCAGGUUAUUCCCUCUUCCUCACUGAAAGCUCUGUUCUGAAUACUGAGGUAGCUCCACCACAUCCUCACUGCUGUUCUUUGGUUAAACAGCAGCAGCAGCAACCCAUGUCUCCUCCCCGUGGAGUAACAAAUGCCAGAAACUGCAGCUCCCUCUUGCAUCCCGCCUGGAAUGGGCAGCUGGCUUGGCCACGACUAACUCUUUGGUUCUUUUGGAAGUAAACUAAAAACUUAGAAGUGUUUUUUGUGUUUUUUACAACUCUGGCGUGGUUCCCGCCUGUCUGACCUUGUGUCGACUUCUGUAACACUGGCAAUAAACCAUUCAAAGUGA